AUGGCGACCAGUGUGGUGAAAGUGAACGGGACCGAGGUCUCCAUGGAGGACUCCGGCAAGACCGUCGUGAACAUCAACAUCACCCAGGAGUCUUGGCUGUCCUACUUGGCUAAAGCGGUGGCAGCUGCAGGCCAGAAGUGGCCGAGGCAGAAGGGGUCUGCCCCCGAGACCGCGGGCACACCCCCUGCCAGAGCCCGGUGCACCGGGGAGCAGAAAGUGCUGGGGGGGGUCCAGAUCCUGCUCGGAGUGGUCUGCCUUGGCCUCGGGGGGGUCCUCUGCAUGUUGCAACAGUAUAACCCACCAAUGAGAUCGGGGGGCCCUUUCUGGAUGGGGAGUCUGUUUGUCUUGUCCGGCUCCUUCUCUGUGCUGAGCGAGAGACGUGGGGGCUGCACCUGGGUCCUGCUGGCCACCUUCUUCAACCUGGCCAGCGUCGUGGCUGGCUGCGCAGGCCUGAUAGUAGGCGUGGCCAACGUGAUGUACCUGGGCUACACGCCCUACUGGGUCGACGAAGCGUGCAAGGGGCAGGAUUAUUACGGUUCUUGGCAGGCCACCCAGAGCCCCACUGAUAACUGGAGGGUGAACAGGUGCAAGUCGAUGAUGACCAACCUGCUGCACAUUUUCAGCGGUGUUCAGAUCCUGCUGGUGAUCUUCUCUGUGGCUGCCAUGGCGAUCGCCCUCUUCUGCUUUGGAUACGGCCUCCGGGUUCUCUGCUGCAGCCCACGGGCUAACAGCGAGGAGUACACCGCCAUUGGGGAUCCGGAAGUGCCCCCUCCGUACGAGGAGCCGGCUGAAGAGAAGACAGCCGCCUGA